UCCAUUCGUUUCUAGUUCCCACUUAGUUUCAGUUACUAAUUGCAGCAAGAAAACAGAGUCUCUCGUAACAACACUAUUUAUUCUAUUCUAAUGCAACACCGUCGUUGCACCUUUGCUCCGCCGUUCACCACCGCAACCGCAACCUCCAUUUCUACAUCACCAUGUCUACCACAAACUCCCAUUCAUUGAAUUGGCACUACGCAGAGUUAGACGAGAGAGACCUCGAAUUCAGAGGCAGAACACUCUUCUUCAUAAUCGUUCUCUUCUCCAUCUUCCUUCUCGUCAUCGUUCUCUUCUUCUACACUCGCUGGAUCUGUCGCUACCACUCCCACGUCACUACCACUACACUCUCCGCCUCCAUCCACGCGCCGCCGCCUCCUCCACCUCAGGGACUCGACCCUGCUUCCAUCAAGAAACUUCCGAUUAUUCUUCACCAGACACCGGCAGACCCAGAAAACGGCGCGUGGGAAGACACCGAGUGCUGUAUCUGUCUCGGAGAGUUCAAAGACGGCGAGAAACUGAAGAUUCUACCCAGUUGUGAACAUUAUUUUCAUUGCGACUGUGUCGAUAAGUGGUUAACUCAUCAAUCUAGUUGUCCACUUUGUAGAGGUUCUCUCAAAGUUGAAUCUUCUUUUCCAAAGAUUUUGAUUCAGGAACCGGCCAUUAGAAUUGAUAUCCAAUUCUAGCUACUACUUCUCCAUUUUACUUCUGGCUCUUAAUCUCAUUUUACAAAUAUUAAUAAAAAUUAUGGCUUUUAGUAAUUUA